UAAUCUCAUGGCCAGCACCUCGUCCUCGAGCUAUGCAACCUGGCAGCGUAUAUGGGACGACUCUCAGGCAAGGCUGUCUUCUAUACAUGAAUCUCUCACCCAUGAAGCGACGCCAACGCCGCGAAUUACACGCGUCGGGAAGCUCGAUGCGGAGCUACUAGACCAAGAGCUGGUACAGGUCUUGCAGGAUCCCCUCGCGAAGGCUCUCGCCCUUGUUAACUCUUCCUUCAAGGGCCACUUUGAGCCUGAGCUGACCCUAUGCAUCCAACUUACCCUGUUCAAGUUCUCGCUUUGGGACACUGGCGCAACAUAUGGCGCAAAACUACAGGGAUUACGCUAUGCGGCCUUACCCCAUUUAGAUGGAUCUUCAAUGUCAUUCAGGUUACCCCGCCGUUUGCUUCUUAUACAUGGAGUAAUCACGACGUUAGUGCCCUACUUUCAUACUCGCCUUAGGGCACACGCACUGUCGCAAGCUUGGCCGGAUGCUCCCUCUUCUGACAGGAGAAGAAAGGCAUGGGAGCUUCUUACCCGGCUUGAGUCGCUGCAUUCCACCUUAACGCUGCUAAAUUUUGUUGCCUUCAUGUGGAACGGCAGGUAUAGAAUGCUCGCGGAUAGACUGCUGAGAAUGCGUCUCGUUUCAACUCAAAGGAUCACCUCGCGAGACGUGUCAUACGAGUUCAUGAACCGCCAGAUGGUCUGGCAUGCAUUCACUGAAUUCUUGCUAUUCCUGCUACCUCUAAUUAAUACGCGGACCAUUGGACGGAGACUGACACAAUUGUCUCAAAUCUCUAUCACAUCUGGCAUUCCUCAACCUAUACGAGCCGCGUGUGGCCUGUCAGAAAGUACUGAAGCUGGAACACGCUCAAGUGCGAAGCGGGGAAAGUACUGGUCGCUAUACCUGGACCAAUGCGCGAUCUGCCAUCAAGAUAGUAUGACGAACCUUUCCGACCCUACAGCUGCACUCUCCUCAUUGACGGCGCCGAGCUACUCAUCAUCAAACACGGGUCCUCCGCCCGAUGUCACAGAAGGAUCCGAAGAAGAACCACCACCUUUCCCAAUCCACACGCCGUAUAUCACCGACUGUGGGCACACUUACUGUUACGUCUGCAUCACCGGCCGCCUAAUGCGCACCGCAGAUGAAGCGUCAGGAACUGGACCUGGAGGUACGAGAUGGGAGUGCUUGCGGUGUGGAGAGGCGGUAGGCAGUGCGGAGAGAGUACAGAUGGAGGGGGUCGAGAGUGAGCACGGCAGCGAGGGCACGAGCUUUGAGUUUGGAAGCGAAGACCUGGAUUUUACCAGUGAUAUGAGCGGGAGUCUUGGAGAUGACAACGAGUCGAUUGCUUCAGAUUGAAGAACAAUUGAGAUUACAUAGUAUCAAUGUUGUCCUCGUUCGGAAAACACAUGAGCUGGAUUGAUUGAUUGCCUUAUCAGGGAUGGUCGC